CUCCAUCUUUUUCUCUCUGCCCUCUCAUGGGAUUUCACUGACCUGAAGCCUUGUCACCCUGUUUCUCUGUAAGAGGGUUUCAGGCAGCUCUCUGUCUGGUCUUGCUCCUCAUAAAUGGCACCAUGGAAAACUCACACCACCUGGUCUGCCCUCUGUGGAAAAUAGGAUUUUACCCCAUAAAACAGUAACCUUGUCAGGGUUUAUAGUGUGUGUGAUCACAGAGCAGUGUUCAUGUCAGGUGGUUCCUGGUUCUAUCAUUCAGAGAGAGGGAAGAGAGGAGGGGGAGUUACAGGUGAGUUUAGUAUGAGAAAGAGAGGUUAACUCUUCCUGCAGAAUGUAUUGUGUUCUCUCCUGGCAGUCUGAUGAUGGGAGCUGGUGCUGUAGUGCGGGUGUGUAUGUUAGUGUGUUUUUGAUUGGUGCCUGCAUGGCCUGUGAAUGCCAGGCUGUGGGAGUGGAGAGCAAUGGGGGUCAAAGACAAACUGCCCUCAGUCAUCUACACAGUGUGUGUGUGUGUUGACUGCAGUGAUUCAAACAUUGUGAUUCUAGGAAUAGUAAUGUGAAAGCUGUAUUGACUUUAGUCCUGGUUUAUUCAAUACUGUUUUAAUCAAUGACAUUUAAAAAUAAUCAGUUCCAAAGUUCAGCCAUGUAAAGGGUUAACUGUUCCAGGAAGAGAACCACACAGCAGUAUCUGGUGGGGAGGAGCAUUAUUAACGUCACUUUGCUGAACUGAAACUAAAGUAGAGAGACAUAUAGUACAGUAUAUUGUGUACAGGACCAAACUCUCCAGCACCUCAGAAAUCUCUAUUAAAUAGCUAUACAUUCAGACUAUAUGCUGACUCUCCUACCCUUUGACACCACAAACAGAAAGGACAGAGAUAUCAUCCACCAAAAACAUUCAGGUGAGUAGAAAGAUUGACAUGGAAAGUUAAGUUGAAGCUUUACUGUGUUUACCGUGUAUAUUUCCUGAUUUAUUUAUCCAGAUUCUACGGUAUGCUUCACUUUUUAUCCUACAGUUAUAGGACUUAUCUAUGUUAUAACAUAAUGUAUCAAGAUUCGGUAAUAUCAUCACAUAAGACAAUGUUGACAACUCUAAAGCUGAAUAUAUCAAGAGCUGACGGAUUCCAAAUGUUUUAUGGUAUCACCUUUGGUCUCUGUCUAGAUAUGGCCACCUCCAGCAGUCUCCUGUCUGAAGAGCAGUUCCUGUGCUCUAUCUGUCUGGAUGUGUUCACUGAGCCUGUCUCUAUUCCAUGUGGACACAACUUCUGCAAGGCCUGUAUCAGUGGAUACUGGGAUACCAGUGACCUGUGCCAGUGUCCAAUGUGUAAAAAAACAUGUGAUAAGAGACCAGAUCUGUUUGUCAAUACUUUCAUUUCUGAGAUGGCUGCUCAGUUCAGGCAGACAGUUGAAGUGAAAGUUACCAGCAGCUCAGACCAAUGCCUUGCCAUAAUUGUAGAAGUGUCCUGUGACAUCUGCACUGGGAAGAAGCUCAAGGCCCUGAAGUCCUGUCUGGUGUGUCUGACCUCUUACUGUGAGACUCACCUGGAGCCUCAUCAGAGAGUCGCAGCCUUAAAGAGACACAAGCUGAUCAACCCUUUGGAGAACCUGGAAGACAGGAUGUGUAAGAAGCACGACAGACCUCUAGAGCUGUUCUGUAGGAGGGACCAGAUGUGUGUGUGUCAGUUCUGCACUGAGACAGACCACAUGACUCAUGACACUGUCCCUCUAGAGGAAGAGUAUGGAGAGAGGAAGGCUCAGUUGGGGAAGACUGAGGCAGAAGUACAGCAGAUGAUCCUGGAGAGACUGCAGAAGGUUCAGGAGAUCAAACACUCAGUAGAUCUCAGCAAGAAAGAUGCAGAAAGAGAGAUAUCAGACAGUGUGCAGGUCUUCACUGAUCUGGUGCGCUCCAUUGAGAGAAGCCAGGCUGAGCUCAUUGAUGUGAUUGAGGAGAAGCAGAAAGCAGCAGAGAGGCAGGCUGAAGGGCUCAUUAAAGAGCUGGAGCAGGAAAUCACUGAGCUAAAGAGGAGAAGCACUGAGCUGGAGCAGCUCUCACACACUGAGGACCACCUACACCUCCUCCAGAGCUUCCCAUCCCUGGGCACCCCUCCACCCACCAAGGACUGGUCUGAGAUCAGUGUUCACAGUGAUCUGUGUGUGGAGACUGUGAGGAGAGCUGUGUUUCAGCUGGAGGAGACACUGAAUAAAGAGAUUGAGAAGCUGCCUGAAGUCAAACUGAAGAGGAUUCAGCAGUAUGCGGUGGAUGUGACUCUGGAUCCUGAUACAGCACAUCCCUACCUCAUCCUUUCUGAAGAUGGGAAACAAGUGAGAUAUGGAGACACACUGACGAAUCGUCCUAAUACCCCAAAGAGGUUUGAUAUAAUUGUAAAUGUCUUAGGAAAGGAGGGCUUCUCUUCAGGGAGAUUGUACUAUGAGGUGACAGUCAAGGGGAAGACUGACUGGGAUUUAGGAGUGGCCAGAGAGUCCAUCAACAGGAAGGGGACUAUCACACUGAGCCCUAAGAAUGGAUACUGGACUGUAUGGCUGAGGAAUGAAAAUGAGUACAGGGCUCUUUCUAGCCCUAGUGUCCCCCUCUCCCUGAUAGAGAAGCCCCAGAAGGUGGGAGUGUUUGUGGAUUAUGAGGAGGGUCAGGUCUCCUUUUAUGAUGUGGAGGCCAGGUCUCAUAUCUACUCUUUCACUGGCUGUACCUUCACAGAGAAACUAUAUCCAUACUUCUGUCCCUAUUUGAAUGAAGGUGGUAAAAACUCUGCCCCUCUGAUCAUCACUCCUGUCAAUCAGACAGAAUGACUUUUAACCUGAAAAUCUAACUGACCAGUCACAUUUGUUAAUUUAGAAUGAAUCAUUAACAUGAUGAUUAUCCAGCAGCAAUGUAAUAUAUUACCAAAUCUCUCCGUGCUCAUAAUAAAAUAUUUUUUGUGAUACAAUUUUCACACAACAUAAAAAAAUGAACAUCAACAAACAAAGCAGACACAACAAACACAGUCAACACCACACAAUGUCACUCAUAAAGUAUGACUUCACAUCUGGGAGUUACAUUUCAGAUGAGGUUCUAAUCAUUACAUCAUAUCAGCACUACAUGCUGUGUGUUUGUUGCUAGUUAUUGUUUGCACUGUAUAUCUCUGUUGAUCCUGACUAGCUCUAAUGAAAACUGUGCAUGGAGUAAAAUUGUAAUAAAUGAAAUCAAUUUGAAUAGAGAUGAAAUUGGCAUUCUAUCUAGUACUGUCCCACAUUUUUUAGAAUAGUGAUGUCUAUGAAAUCAGUUUGGAAUAGUGGCAGAAUGCUAACGGGUUGAUAUCAUAUGGAAAUGUACAGUAUGUGGUAGUUGAUGUAAUUGAAUGCAUAAUUGGCCCUGUGAGGCUCAGUUGGUAGAGCAUGGUGCUUGCGAUACUGAGGUUGUGGGUUCAAUUCCCACAGGGGACCAGUAAGAAAGAAAAUAUAUAUGAAAAUGUAUGCACUUACUACUGUAAGUUGCUCUGGAUAAGAGCUUCUGCAAAAUGUGAUUACAUUGGAUAUACUUUUAGUAAAAAAGGAACAUCUACCUGAUGAUAUGGUUGUGUGUAAUGGUCUGUUUAUUUUGUGGUUUUGCUGUCUCAUCACCACAAUGAUCAAAUAUCAAUUUUCCCGCUUAAAGGCCCAGUGCAGUCAAAAACUUUAUUUUCCUUUGUUUUAUAUAUAUUUCUACACUAAGGUUAGAAUAAUUCUGUGAAAAUUAUUCAUGCCCUUUUAGUGUAAGAGCUGUUUGAAAAGACCAUCUGAAAUUUCAGUCUGUUUUGCCUGCCUGGUGACAUCAAGAGGCGGUAAAUUAGUGAAUAGACCAAUAAGAAAGAGUUCCUCUCUGCCAAUAACAGCUAGUUUUCAGUUUUUCCACUCCCACUCAGACCACUCCCAGACAGUCCUAUUAAAAUUCUUAUUUGAGAAAUUGCUCUUUGCUAAGAAGCUAUUUUUGUUUCUUUUUGACCAUUGUAAUUUAAAAUAAUCUCAGUACUGUACUUAAUUGUUACCCAGAAAUGAUUUGAUAUUGAGAUAAAAACAACUGCAUUGGACCUUCAACAAAUAAAGGCACCUGCUAUGUCA